AUGGUUCAAAACGAGCAAAACGAAGCGGUUCCAUCGACACUGACGGCUCCUAUUGCGCAGAGAGCCAAAAUGCCCGAUCAAUCCAUGAUCGAGAGCUUUCACCGUUGUGGUAUUUCAUCCUCUUGCAACAAUUGCAAGAAGAGAAACCAACCUUAUUCUCCGAUCCGCAUCGAAAUGGAGGGCGAAUCCGGUCGACCCCGUUCUCGACAACGAUUGGAAUCAUUCCAAUGCGAUGACUCGGAUGGACCUGGUUCUGCCUUUGACCCUGUUGGUGCUGCUACCACUGUGUCAGCCAGCGUGCCACCGGUGCGCAGCAGGAGCUUGGUGGUCUUUCAGCCACCAUCUUACGGAAGAAUGGUAUCCCCUUCUUCGUCCUGCCAUACGGUUGUCCACCAACCACCGGCUCCAGCAUACUACCCUAUCGAUACUACAGCCCAGACACAAGUAUGGGUACCUCGACCACCACCGGCUUCGUACGAUGGCAAUCCACAAUAG